UCUGACCACGUGGGCGGGAGAAGGCGUCGCCGCGCUGGGCUGAUGUUUAAAAAAAAAAGAUUUUGAUAAUUCCAAGGGGGUCACAGCUUCAUGCGGGGUCAUGAGGGGUCAUAGCCAUCGAGCUGGACGAGCUGCGAGGAAGAGGAGGCAGAAAUGUGAAAGCUCCGUCCAGUCAGUCUCUCUGUGUCAUCAGCUCCAGUACGUGAGGCUCAUGAAGUUUCUCCACCAGCGAGGAUUCACCUCACACCUGUUGCAGCCGGCUCUCUUCACCGACACAGGUAGAGGACUGCAGACCCUCAAAACUAUAAAGCCCGGCCAACUCGUCAUUUCUCUGCCCGAGUCGUGUCUCCUCACAACCUCCACUGUCCUCAUCAGCGACCUGGGGCCGUUUAUCAAGAGCUGGAAGCAGCGUCUCUCUCCCCUGGUGGCUCUCUGUGCGUUCCUCCUGUGUGAGCGACACAGAGGAGAAGCCUCUCACUGGUUCCCCUACAUCGCUGUGCUGCCUCCCAGUUACACCUGCCCAGUCUACUUCACAGACGACAUUGUGAGGCUUCUUCCUGCCUGUGUGCGGAGCAGGGCCUUCGAGCAGAGGGAGGCGGUACGAGAGCUCCACUCCUCCAGUCGGGACUUCUUCAGAUCCCUGCAGCCAAUCCUGAGUCUGCCUGUGGAGGAGGUGUUCACAUAUGAAGCACUGAGGUGGGCGUGGUGCAGUGUCAACACACGCUCCGUCUUCAUGUCCCACCCGUCCAGCAACUUCCUGUCCGGACAGGAUGUUUACGCUUUAGCUCCCUUCCUGGACCUGCUCAACCACCAGCCUGACGUGCAGGUAAAAGCGAGUUUCAAUGACGUGACGAGAUGUUAUGACAUCAGGAGCGUCUCCGGGACGACGCGCUACCAGCAGGCAUUCAUAAACUACGGUUCCCAUGACAACCAGCGCCUGUUGUUAGAGUACGGCUUUGUCGCCCCCAACAACCCGCACAGUGUGGUGUAUGUAGACACAGAUCUUCUCUGUGACGUUUUAAGAGGCGACAGGAGUUUGAUCCAGAAGAUGAAGUUUCUUCAAGAGAACAAACUGGAUCAGAACCUGACCGUGUCCAGUGACGGCCUCGGUUGGAGACUGAUGACGGCUCUCAGGCUGUUGUCCAUGCCUCAGUCACUGUAUCACCAGUGGAAGGCAGUGUUGCUCGGCCAGGCGGUGGGUGAAGAGAGGGAGGAGUGGAGCGUCCGCACGGCCGAGACGCUCUGUCAGCGACUUCUACAGGACACACACACCGCUCUGGAUAAGAUCUCCGUCCUGCGGCAGCAGUGUGACCAGUCCGUCAGGGAGCAGCUUGACGUGGUCCAGUCACUGCGACAGGAGGAGAGGUGCAUUCUGGGAUGCUGUCUUGAGGCACUGCGAGUCAUGAUGACACAACCAGACGAACCGUUGCCAUGCCAACCUGAUGUUGACACUGUAAGGUGACAUCUGAUUGGUGCGCUUGUCCGCUCGCUGCAAUCGAUGUUAAUAUCACUGGAUUAACUGGAGACGCUGGCCGGUCUCCAUGUUCCUGUUCUGCCUGUCGACCAGUGCGGCUGACAGAAGCUGCAGGACGUCCUGUGAUCAGGUUUGAUUCCUGCCACGCUGUGAGACAGUGGGACAUUCACAAGGACCAUCAUCUGAGCCAAAGGUCACAGACACAGUUUACCAGGAUGACUCCUGUUUCCCUCUGGACUCAUGUAAAACAGAAUCGUGAGCAAAUAGAGGAAAAGAAGAAAACAACAUAAGGCAGAUCUGUCAGAAAGAACUGGAAAUGUUUUAAUUGUUUUUAUUUAUUAAUGAAAUGUCACAGUACAGUAAUAAAAAAAGAUCUCUCAUU